CAAAGGUGUACCUGAUCUCGCAUUUGAGUUAAUGGGUUUCUCAUUGGGUACUGAUCUCCACUCAUGCCCAUUACAAUAUGGUGGUCCUGCAGAAACAUUUGUUCGGGCAGAUGGGGCCUUCAUUCCUUUUGCAGAAGAUUUUAAUAUGGCCAAUGUAACUACGUCUGUAAAAGGCAUAGGUGAGAUUGGUGAUGUAAAUAUCAUAGACUUGCAGUCUCCAAUCAAUAGUCUAAUUGGUAGACAAGUGGUUAAAGUUGGAAGAAGCUCCGGUUUGACUACAGGGACCAUAAUGGCCUAUGCCCUUGAGUACAACGAUGAGAAAGGGAUUUGCUUCUUGACCGAUUUUCUUGUUGUUGGUGAGAAUCAACAAACAUUUGACCUUGAAGGUGACAGUGGAAGCCUCAUUCUCUUGACCGGUCAAAAUGUGGAGAAACCACGGCCUGUUGGGAUCAUUUGGGGUGGAACUGCUAAUCGAGGUCGGCUGAAAUUAAAAGUAGGAGAACCACCAGAGAAUUGGACCAGUGGAGUUGAUUUAGGGCGCCUUCUUGACCUCCUUGAACUUGAUCUUAUCAUAACUGAUGAAGGGCUUCAAGCUGCGCUGCUAGAGCAAAGAAAUGCUUCAGCAGCAGGGAUUGAUUCUACUGUUGGUGAGUCAUCUCCCCCCGAUAGGAUGUCACUAAAAGAUAAAAUGGAAGAAAACUUUGAGCCUCUGGGGUUAAACAUCCAGCAACUUCCUGUUGAAGGUGAGCUUCGCAUUGAAGGUUGUUCUGAAGCAGCUCCAAAUGUGGAACACCAAUUCAUCCCGAGUUUUGCUGGGAGAUCUCCACUGCAUCAUAACAAUCAAGAGGAAAAUGCAGAAUAUGAAAACCUCUCUGCACUGAGAAACGGGUCAGAUGAAGAGAUUUUGGUUUCGUUGCAGUUAGGCGAGCCAGAACCAAAGAGAAGAAAGCAAUCAGAGUCCGUGUUGUGCAUUGGAAAUUCAAAAUGAAUUGAAGGGGAGCCAUCUCAGUUUUGCUUGCCAAACUAUUUUUGAAUUGAGUCCAUAGAGGGACUUCUCGAUUCAACUCAAAGUGUUGGAAUUCUCAGAUCUGAAUUGUAACUUGUAAGUAUUACCAAGUUUCAAAGCCUGCAGGAAUCCAAAGUAUACCUCCACUCGAUCAAUUUUUAUUCUUUUUUUUUCUGAGCAUUUUAAUAGGGUUAUGACUAUAAGUUUACGUAUGUGAGUUAUAUGAUAGUAAAGAGAAAAUUCUUAGGCGGUAAGUGGGUAACUAUGCAAUUUCUGUAUCUUGUUUGUAUUGUUUUGGUCAUAAAUUAUUAAAGAUAUAAGUAGACCCAACCGCUUUCAAUGUCCAUUACGUACAGUUUCAGAGAUGUUUGAUUAAUUGUAAUUUCUUAUUG